CCACGUCACUGAUGGGAGGAACAACAUGUCAAUCACCGCUGCGGAACUUUGGGCGGAAGCACCUAGAAACUAACCGUGAUGAAAGAUUCUGGAACAUAUUGCCAGAACCCUAAGGAAACAGUGCACCUGCUGGAGGACUUUAACAAGGAUUUAGAAAAAAUGAUAGAGGAUAUGGAAAAAAUAUCAGUGCAAGUGACCUGGAUGGCCUAUGACAUGGUUGUUUUGCGUACAGACCCAGAAGUGGCCGAGUCCUUGGGGAAACUGAAAGACUCAUUUCUGAAAUGCACUGCAGUGUUAGAGUCAAACUGGCAAGAUGCUAUUUUGGAAUCCAAAGAAAACGACGUGGCAGACACUAUGUAAAAUAUAUCUCUACUUGGCAAAUGUAUGAAUGAUAUUAGUAGAACAUAUAUUUUUGACAUUUUCUAGAUUUCUAGAAAAUGUCUCGAAAAAGAUUGAAAAUGUAAUGGUUUUCAAGAAUUGUAACAUUUUGUGGUGUUCAUUUUUGUGCUUUAUUAAA